CAGUGUCAUUUGGAGAGUCAUGGAAAACCGACAAAUGCGUCAACGGUGCGUUAAUCGUGGCACGUCUAGUAUAAAAGUGAAGCGCCGUUGCUCUGUUACUCCAUUAGCCUGCUUUUUUUCGACAGACGCUCUAUCAGCUAUGAAGGUCCUGCUAUUGGUAUGUGUCCUGGCGUCCCUGCUGGUCUGUACGCCGCCGACAGAAGCGUCCCAAAUUUCCAUGAGGCUGUGCGGCCGCGAGUUCCUGCGCGCUGUCGUCUACACGUGUGGUGGCUCCAGAUGGAGGAGGAGCCUGAACGAGAUCUUCACACAGGACUCAGAGCCGGAGGACACGCUGAGGUUCAGGAGGAGCGAGGAAUCGGCAUUGCUGGAUCUCUGCUGUAGCGUGGGCUGCAGGAAAAGCGACCUGACGCUCAUGUGCUGA